CAUGUAAACAACGCCUUUUCUGGUCUCUCUUCACAGGUAGCAACAACAGCAUCUUUGCUCCUGUCCUUCUGCCACAAUCAAAAACAUUCUUCAGUUCAUGUGGGAGUCUGCAUAAACUGAGCGAAGAGACCCUGGUGCCUCCUCCUCUACCACCGCGCAAGAAGAUGGAUCAGGAUCCUUCAAACUCAAAGGGCGGCUCCAAAUCGGAAGAGGGUCCCCCCGCCAUCCCGCCGCGGCAGCCUCCUCCUCCGAAGAUCCAGCCCCGCGUGCCGGCGCUCUCCUGCGGCCCCCUCGACCAGCCCCUGCCGCCGAGCCCCCCUCCGCCCCCUCCCCCUCCGCGGGACCCCCUCCCGGACACCCCUCCUCCGGUGCCCCUGCGGCCCCCGGAGCACUUUGUGAACUGCUCCUCCUUCCUCCUGCAGCAGCCGCCCCUGGGCCGCUUCCACCGGGACCCCGACCGGCUGCGGGAGGGCGGCUCAUGCCCCGGCUCGCCCGGCACGCCGCCCGGGACCCCCUCGCCCCGCGUCCUGCGCCGCUGGUGCGGGCUCAGCCCCGGCCCCAACCCCAGCCCGGAGCCCCCACCGCCCCCGGUCCCGCCGCGCCACAACUCCAGCCCGCAGCUUCCCAAACUGCCGCCAAAGACUUACAAGCGAGAGUUCUCCCACCCUCCUUUGCACAGACACUCUUUGCUCGAGAACGCCGAGGCGCCUCAAUGACCGCCGCUCGACACAGGAGUCUUUGACACUGGAAGCAUCGUAGCUGUAUAGAGUUCCCGUUUUCUUGUUUUCGUUGUGGUUGUUGUUGUUUUUUAAUUUAUUCCAAGAAGGGCGGUGAGCGUCUCCGAGUGCUGUGGCGAGCGGCGCUUGUGCCCAGGAGGCUGCUGGCCCAUCGGGGUUCUCGAGCAAGAGCGCCGCCUUGACCCCGCUUCCCGGCCUUUUUUGCAUCAAGGGACCAGCAGCAGCAGCACUGCCUCCUCCAACUCCAACUCCUCCUCAGCGCCAACGGUUUUGCCAGUUGGGAGAAUACAGAUUUUAUUUUUUAAUU